AUGCCGGUAACAACUAGGAGCGGUGCGGCCCCUACGACGCGCGGAGAGCGUCACAGCGGCGAUAGCAAUGACAGUGGUCACGGUCGCGACAGCAGCGAUGGUAGCGACAGCAACGAAUCAAUCCCAGCCCAACAUUCACGCCGACGACCACAACCCCAAGGACCUGUCACUUUGAGUGUAAGGCCGCGUCAAAAAGCCGAGCCGGAGCAACACUUUGCCAAGAACCGAAAACGACCCUCCGAUGCGACUGCCGAGCAAUCGCACCGCAAACACCCGAAGAGAGAAGCCGAUGCGCGACAGAUGAGGAGAGCCCAAAGCGACGGUGAGGACGCGGGCGUAGACGCCGCUCUUCACGCCACGGCUGCCCGGCCGCGCCGCCGAAACGAGGGUUCGGUGCCCACUACGCGACAACCACAACCGCAGAACCAAAUGAUAGCAAAGAAAACAGCUACAAGGGGCCGUGACAUUCGUGUCCGGCGCUUGCGUCGUAAUGUUCAAUCGGUCGAAAUAUUGGGCAACCUCGGUCUACGGGCCACUCCUGUGCAAACCGGCGCUGCAUAUUCGACCCCUGGAACACCCGAGCCAAGAGACGGGCAUGCUGGUGGCUCGACGAAUGGGGACGGUUCCGAUCCUGCUGGCAGCCCGGAGUUGCAGUCCUCUGCAACCAGACGCCGCACAAGAAAUAUUCCGUCCGACAUAUACGAUGUUCCCGAGGACGAUGAUAACGAAUUGUCUGAUCUUGCCGCAGAGCGGCUCUCGAAGGCCGGAAAGAACGUCAUUUCCACCCAGCCUUGGCCGAAUCAAGCCCCUGAGGGGCACAGCCGUUUGGAGGAGAGUCAGGACUCCAAGAGCGAUUCGGGGCCCUCUGCGAGUAGCGACGAGGAUUGGGAGGGGCUUGGCGAUCUGGACGUAGACGAUUCCGAUGAAGAGCAGCUGCCGAAUCACGAAAUCGUGGUGCGCCCUUACGUGGAGAGGGAACACCUAGUCUCCAUAAACUGCCGUCAGGUGAACAACUUAUUGGACAUCAUGGGGAAAGAAGGCUGGGUGGGGCGGAGCAGAUGGAUCGCGGAACUUGAUGCAGCGCGUGCGCGGACGAGGUUGGGGGGCAGCAUAUUCGCGCAUCUCGAUGCCAUCGGUGAUGUUCUGGAGGAUGUUCCCAGUGCGCUGGACCUCAAAGCACAAUCCGAAAUCCUCUCGAAGAACCAGCGGCUGCUCGGCAAAGUCAUGGCAAAGUUGGACAAAACUUUGACAACGAUGGAACGGUGGGCCACCGACAUGGCUUUGCGCGAAAAGAAUAAGGCCACAGAAAAGCGUGCCCAGGCUUUUGGUAGCGACCUUCUAACCCUUGCCAUCCCUAUGGCUGUCCUGGUUCUGCGGAUAACCUUCAGCCUGGGCGUGACGAGACCAGACUCCCUGUCGAGUGUCGCGGUUCCCUCCGAUGGCCGUUUCACGUGGACCACAAUUCAAUACCUGAUGGUCAUCUCGGGGUGGCUAUCACGCCUGGAAGCGCUUUCAAAGCCAUAUUGGGGUAAGCCAGCGUCUGGCCCAGCAGGUGACCCUGAAACCAUGCAGGAGAACCAAGCAAAGUUUGCAGCCCUACUCCAGAAGUGGCGGCACCACCUCCGACAACAAGUCGACGAAGCCAACGCGGAACUCGACCGAGCCCGAGAGCUGCGCGAGAAGCAGGCGCGUGACAGGCGGAUCCGCGAGCAGAAAGCCAGAGGGCAAGAACAGCAGUGGGCGCAGGAACAAGUUAGCCACGACGCUUGGAUGAGAUCAUUCGGGGUUGUCACCGCCCAGGCUCGGCCCAUGGCCGCCAAGUUCCAACAAGCCCUCGCACGCCGGCCCGUGCCGCCCACAUACCCCGUACCGCCUCGGCUCUCCGUGGAAAGCAACAGCAGGAGCAGCGACUACACCACCGCCAGACCCACACCUUCAAGUUCAAUCCCAGCUCAGCUGCCCCCUGCCCCAAUGUCGAUACUUUCUUCCUCCCCGGAGCCCGAAUUUGAGUCGGGAUUGGAAGAAGAGGGCCAUCCCUGGGACGAAGAAGAGACGGAGUGGUUUUUGGCGGAGCUGAAACGACCUAACAGGUCUCGGGGUUAUUUGGAUGUGUGUGCUGAUGCGCUGAACCGGAGUCUUGAGGAGGUUGUGGCGUACAAGGAACGGUUGGAGAGAGAGGGGUAUUAUCGGUCACCGGGUCCAUCUUCGCCCAGGUAA